AUGCACAGUGUCGAAGACUUUCGUCAGAUCCGUGAUGGUAGAAUAAAGGUGAGACCGCAUCUCCGGACACUUCUCCUGAAGUUGACAGGUGACGAAGAUCGUGUCCUUGGUCUCACGGUGGCGGCGAAGGCCGCCCUGGCUCUCUGGCAGAAGACUAUGUUCCAGAUGGUGGUUCAGGUCGUUGAGGAGGAUUCGAGCGCAGAUAUUCCCGGUGAUGUUCAACAGAGAAAUGCCUCAGUGGUUGUUGCAGAUCUUGCGGGUGCCUUUCCGUUAUGGAGAUAAACGAUUGUGGCGUCCAAGAAAUCCUGCCGGACUUCUCAUGGACGCUAUAUCUCCUGGAAGAACGUUGUCAGUUGGUCCAUGAGUUUUGGCCACCGUGCUUGUAAAUCUCAGCAGCGAUCGCGUCCGAUCCGGGCGCUUUUCCGCCGGAAAGCUGCUGCACGAUCAUUAUGGUUUCGUGGGGAGAAGGCAGGAGGUCGAGGUUGGCAAUGGUCUCUACUUGAGGCGGGUGGGCAAUGGCGGCGUCGUAGAUGGUGGAUGGACAGUUGAGGACGGCUCGAAAGUGCACGGCUCAUCGCUAUGGAAUUUGUAUCUCCUCGGUGAGUUGUGUACUACCGUCGGCUCUGAGAAAAGUAGCAGUUUCUUUGGUUGGCGGACCGUAGACAGCCUUGAUUGCGAAGAAGAAAUUCAUUCAUUCGUUGCGGUCCGCGUACCUUUGGAUCUCUUCGGCCUUGCAAGCCGUCCGAGCGUCCUACAUCUCCCGCAGCCGCUGUUGUGCAAUGCAGCGACUGCAGUAGAAGACUGCUUUGUUGUGAUUGGUGGAGCGAUUGACGUAGGCUUUAUGCAGUCGAUUCUUCUCGGCGAGCAGUUUGCUGAUGGUGGUGUCUUUGUCACCGAACCAGUCCUGAUGUUGACGACGUGCGCGACCAAGGACAGCCAGGGCCGUCGAAUGAACUGUGUUCCGGAGUUGGCAUCACCGGUUCUCAAUGGAAGCAUUCCCCUCGAUGACGGCGAUGGAGACUGUAAAUUUGGCUAG